AUGAGCGAAGAUGAUUAUGUGCCUUCCAGUCCAGAUUCCAGCGAUAGUGAUGCACCUCUUAUUCAGUAUAUCCGAAGAUCAGGAGUUGAAGAAGCUAACAAACAGACAAGGUCAAAUGAAAAGCAUAAGACGAGAAAAUCUAUUAAAGGAAAAACAAGAUUUGCCAAACUAGAGAGGAAAUCUAGAAGAAACUUUUGUAUGGCAUAUAUUACCGAGUCAGGAAAAGCGAAACAAGCAAGAGUAUGCCAACCAUUACUUGAUUGCCGAAUGAAAUGCAGAGAACGAUUCACAGAUGCUGAUAGGCAGAUCAUCUUCAAUGAAUAUUGGGGUGCCGGUUCCCAUUUAAAACGUGUCACUUAUGUCACAAGUAUGAUAAAAAAACUGAAAAAAGCAUUUGCCAAAGAAAAGAAAUUAACUGGGAUCAACAAAAAUCGUCAAUAUUCCCUAAAAUAUUUUUUAAGAAUGAACGGAAUUGAAAAUCAAAUUUGCAAAGUCUGCUUUCGGAAAACUUUGGGAGAAACGAAUAAGUUUUUGGAGUUAUGCAGUCUAAAAUUAAACACAAAUCAUAGUGGGAUAUACGAAAGCGAUCGCCGAGGCAGACAGCCACCAAAAAAUAAAUACACGGAAGCCGACAUAAAAAACGUCACAUCUUUUUUUCUUAAAAUUCCACUCUACCGCAGCCAUUAUAGUAGACGAGAUAGCAAUAAAAAAUAUCUGCCACCGCACUACACACUUGCUAUGGUAUACAGUCAAUACUUAAGUGAACCUGAUCAUGUUGUUAUUAGCCGUACAAAGUUCGAAGAGAUUUUCCACACGUUGAAUAUCGGAAUUAAGAAACCAAGCAAAGACACUUGUGGGAAAUGCGACUGUCUGAGAAUGAAGAUAACAUUGACUAGUAACGUUGAAGUAUCAGCACGAAUUAGACACGCAUCAGAAACAAGCUGA